AUGUCGAAUAGUUACAAUAUGAAGGAGUUUAGCUCGACGGCCAUCAUAACAGAAAAUGGAAUCUAUCCCUCAACGAUAUCCAUUAGCACAAUAAACACAAAAUGCAAAGAGAAUGAUCUUGAAAUGAACAAUUAUGAUCCUUUUCAAAAUAGAAAACUGGAACAUCCGAAUUCAGAUAUGAGAUCGUUUGCAAAUCUCCUGAAGUCAUCUCUAGGUUCUGGUAUUUUGGCGAUGCCGGCUGCCUUUAAGAAUGCUGGCACGAUAGUAGGCAUCGUUGGUACCAUCAUACUGGGUUACAUCUGCACACAUUGCGUAUAUUUAUUAGUUAAAACUUCACAAGACGUAUCAAGAGUAACAAAGGUUCCGUCAUUAGGGUACGCUGAGACCGUUGAAGCAGUAUUUGCAACUGGACCUCAACCUUUACGAAAAGUAUCACGAGCUUCCAGGAUAUUUAUAGACUGGGCUAUGGCUUUCACCAUUCUUGGCGCCUGUGCAGUCUAUGUCAUCUUACUCGUGGAAUCCGUUAAACAGAUCGUGGACUUUUAUUACGUCGACAAUGGCAUCAGCACGACGAUGUACUGCCUUAUGUUCUUAGUUCCGAUACUUCUAUUUACACAAAUUAAAAACUUGAAAUACUUGGCGCCCUUCUCUGGAUUUGCAAACGUCUUAUUGGUUCUCACAUUCCUCAUCUGCCUCUACUAUAUCUGCACGGACUUCCAGCCUAUUGACUCAAAGCCGAUGUCAGUCGAUAUAGGGAAACUACCUCUAUUUAUCGGUACAGUUAUAUUUGCCAUGGAAGGUAUCGGCGUUGUCCUACCGGUUGAGAAUACCAUGGCUAAGCCGAAUCACUUCCUCGGAUGUCCUGGUGUGCUGAACAUAACCAUGUCAGUGGUCGUGCUGUUGUACAUGAUCAUGGGAUUCUUGGGCUACGUGCGCUAUGGAGAUGAAGCCAAAGGCAGUAUUACUCUCAAUCUGGACACAUCGGAAAUUCCUGCAUUAACAGCGAAGGUUUUCAUCGUAUUUGCAAUUUUCUUCACGUACACGCUACAGUUUUAUGUGCCCAUGGAAAUAGUGUGGCGAAAUACAAAAGAACAUGUAACGCAGAAAUAUCACAAUUUGGCCCAAGGCGUUAUUCGAGCGGUUUUUGCAAUCCUGACAGUGGCAGCAGCGGCUACUUUACCUCGCUUGGAACAAGUGAUUGGUCUAGAAGGAGCGUUCUUCUAUUCUUUCUUGGGCCUCAUCGCACCGUCAAUCCUAGACGUUAUUUUUAAUUGGGAGAGAGGCCUCGGCAAAUAUAACUGGAUUCUCGUCAAAGAUAUUAUAUUAAUAGUUUUCGGGAGCUUUGUACUUGUUGCAGGUGUUACUCAAAGUCUUAGGGAAAUUAUCGGGUCAAAAUAA